AUGGAAGAGAUUUUGCUUCCGCCGAGAAUGUUCGCUGCGGGCGAUGAACCAGUGGGUGACCGUAUCAACUCGUAUCACAAGAUCAAGACGACCAGAGCAAUUAUCAAAGCACUCGAACCAGAAGAGUUGGAGUUUCUUAUGAAUUCUACAUUCGGGAGGAUCCUUGCGAUUGAUUCCCACCUUCCGUUUUCUGGGGCUUUUGGACAACACGUCAUCGUUAGAGUCCUUAAAGUCAACAAAAAGUACGAGUUUUGGUUUUUGUUUGCGGGAAAGCCAAUUAGAAUGCCCCUCCGAGAGUUUGCCAUCGUCACCGGCUUGAACUGCGGGAAGAUCCCAGUGAAGAAGACGACGAAAAACCCAUUGAAAGAGAAGCUGUACUGGAAUGAACUAUUUGGUUCGUUGAAGUUCUGCACUGUCGAGACAGCCAUCAACAUGUUGGAGAAUAAGGUCGUAAAAACAAGAGAGUUGAGAAUCAAAAUUGCGUGUCUUGCGAUUACGUCGUCUAUUCUCUUCGCGUCUUCACACAUUCCCCGCAUCAACCCGGAACAUGUGGAGUUGAUUCGAGAUCUAGACGAUUUCCUCGCUUUCCCCUGGGGAAGAGCCUCGUAUACUAUGCUUGCGUCCUCAAUUAAAGGGAAAGAUGAGAUCGCAUUAUCAAAACCCUCCGUUGCGAUACGUGGUUAUGUUGAGGCAAUUCAACUGAUUUUUCUUGCUGCGGUCCCACAGCUUAAGGAAGAAGUCACCCAAACUGAACGGCUUGUCAUAGUGGAUUCAGAAAGCGACGGCGAGACCAACACAUGCGAAGAAACAAUGACUGCGGAUGAUAACCUUGCCGGUCAGGUCAAACCACCGCAGGCCACUAAGUUCUGUCUCAUACCCGGUCACGCUAAGACCGCAGAUUCCGAGUGUCAGGUGCCAGUAAAGUCUAUUCUCGAUGAUCCAUACGAAGAAUGGUCUGCUGGCUUAGAUUUCCAAUGGGUUGAUGAGUCUGAAGAUCUGGCUGUUGACAACAUGGUCCGAUUGAUCCUUGAGGAUUUUGUUUUCAGGAAGGAAAUGUUUAAAGGAGGUCUUACCGCCAUUGAACUUUCGCGUUUGAGGGCAGAGAAGAAACUGAAAGACAAAGAACCGAAAGAAAAAAACGAGAAGGAUCACGCUGCGGAGGUUUCAGAAGGCGAGGGAUCUUCUGAUUUCCUCGAUAUUAUUAGCUCAAUGGAGAAGCGUAUAUAUCAAGCUCUGGAUGCCAAGUUAGAGAAGCUUGUUCCUCCCACCAGUCAAUCUCAGCAAGCUGCUCUCCUACAGUCUACCAUGUCACGAUGCCUCAAGGACUUGGAUAAGAAGAUCGGUGAUUCUCUCGGUCGUCAACUGAAGGAUAUGCAAGCUGCAAUAAUAAAAGGCGUAAUUGAUGUCCUUGGUGAACCCUUCUCCACUCGCGCUGGUCUUGUAGGCAAUACCAGCAACAUUACCCCUGGAGACGGCAAAGAACCACCCGUGUUUGAUUUCACCAACCCAUCUGAAGCUGCUGAUUCCCGCAUCAAUGACGUUCUGCGUGAUCUGAAUUUAGUCUCGGAUGUUUCUCUCCCUGCAACCACAGAAGCCUCACCGGUCCCACAGACUGAAAGAGUACCAGACGUUGAUGACGCACACCCCCAGGCGGAGCAUACAGAGGAGCAUGUAGACGACUCUGCACCUACGGAUCUGUUGGAGCAGCAAGUGGAAGCUAACACCCACACGGAGCAGCUUUUCUCAGCCAAUGCCACCGCACUAUUGGAAGAGCCCCCAAUCUCUGAUGAGUCUGAAGCCCUGGUCGAGCAGAUAGAGGGACAUGUGAAACGAUUUCAUACCUUUUCUCUAAGAGAAAACGAACACUGUCAAACGAUUUUCUAA